UAUGCAUUUCAGUUUUCCUACAGUGCUACCAACUUGGAGAAACAGUCAACAGACAAUGACAUAUAUCAGGCAUUUGUUUAUUCUAGCCCUGCUUGUAUCUUUGCUUGACCAGGUGCUUGGCGAGAAAGCCAGCGCCUAUGCAGCAAAAGCACCGGCACCAGAAGGUUCUAGCCGCCUUGCCUCUAAUUGGCGCGGCCAGAUGCUCGCCAUUCUAAACCAGGAGCGAGCAAAGCAUGGCAAGUCUCCGGUGAUCAUGGACUACCGUCUCAACGCGGCUGCCCAGAGACACUCGGAUUACCAGUUUUCCUCGGGAAUGAUGACGCACGAUGACCCAGCCGGCACUCUCGGUGCCAGGGCCAGUGUAGCCGGCAUUGAAUGGCGUGGGGUUGCUGAAAAUGUCGCACACGACCAGCAGAGUGUUGGUGAGGUCAUGACCGCUUGGAUUCACAGCCCAAUGCACCUCAGCAACAUGCUAGGCGACUAUAAUAUUGUUGGCUUCGGCGAACACAGUCUGUAUUGGACGCAGAUGUUUGCCAAGACGUGAGGAGACGAGGUGGUGCUACCAAUAGUGCUGCUGUUGAGGGAGCAAGUAGAAUAUAUGCUAGAUUGACGUUGUAGCUCAAUAAUAUUGUUCAGGUGCUCGUGCC